GGUGGGUGUCUGAUCCGCACAGAACACGGAUUAGCUGUAGCCGCAGGUAAAAGCCAAACAUUGGGAGACUCGCUUCACCGUCCGAGGAAGACAGUGAGCUCAAAGUGAACGGAGGCGAAUGAAGGAGGUAAAAGUAACACGGCACAGACUCAUUUGUACAAAUUUGACUUUGGUGGAAGUAAACGCACCUGGAAAACCGUGGGCGGCGGACUAAAUAGACUGCUUUUUCUUUUCGGGUUUGAAGCGCAGUCGAGGCUAGUUUUCUCUUGGAGACUUCCGCGGUUUGGCUGAGACGUUUUUGACAAUAAAGGCGACGCACACUUUUCUCAUAUGCGGUCCCAGGCACUCUGAGCCAUGCCUGGCCACAGUUCGGGGGUAGGCCACUACACAGGGGCUCCCCAGUCCUCCCGCCAUCCCAAAAACAGCAGGCCAGACAAGCACCGGCACUCCCGCACCAUCUCCAGGGAGAGUAGCCAGGAGUCCUAUAAAGAUCCCCAUGGAGACUAUCGCCAUGACCACCACACUGACCACUCCCGACACUACGAUGGCAAAUAUGGCCGCAGCAGUGGUCAUCCACGAAAUGGGACCGCCCGAGGAUCAGAAACUAUAGGAUUCAUCCCUGGGUCUGCAGACAAUGCAGGCAGCAGUAGACAUGCCUGUGGCUCGUGUGCCUCUGUGGGCUGGAGCAGCUGUAAGGCCCUCAUCUGCUGUGUGUUGACUUGUGGCUUUUAUGGGAGUCGUGAACCCUGCCUGCCUGUUAAUGAGAGUUCUACUGACCACCCUAAACCCAACACAGAGUCCCACCCGCCUAAUGGCAUGGCUAUUUCAAAUCCCACUUGUGGCAUGCCUUUGGAGAACAACAAGCCCAAACAGUCCAAGCUGCACACUUUUGACAGCUUCCGAUACCCGGAUGUGCACAUAGCAGGGCAGAAGGUGAAGUACCCUGUUUCAGCAUCAAAAAGGACCCGUGCUCCUGGCAAGGGUGAGAGCCAGCGGCCAGUGAGCAACACAAGCCUGUUCGAUGAGUUUGACUUGGACAACCCAAGUGACACAGGCACAGACAUAGACUCCCUCAUUACCAAAAAGCUGCUAGAACUGUAUGCCCUGCACCAAAUUGACCAACUCGCCAAAUGUACCUCUGACUCCUCGUUCUCCCGCAAAACCAAUGAGAUUAGUGAGCUCAUCUACAGCAUUGCACAGGAUUAUAAUCUGGAAGAGCAGGAGGCUGAGUGCAAACUAGUGCACGGGGUCAUUCGCAUCAGCACACGAAAGGGCAAAAGGAACAAGAGCCAGCCAUCCUCCUCGGGACAGCGUACAAAUGGCCGGGUGGGACACGAUGGCACCCUCCCAGACAGCGGCAACGAAACCAUGACCAAUACCUUCAGCAGCGACUUUCCAGAGGUGAAAGUGUCAGAGGAGACGCCAUCGGACGAGCUGGCCAGGAAAAUGCGGCAUUACAGUGGGAAAACCUAUUCCUCCAGCACUGCCACAGCCUACUCUCCAUACUACCAUGAGACAGAUUCUUCAGGAGCGCCUUUGCUUCUCAUCUAACUGUUACCAAGAACUGCACUUUUUGUUUCUGAUGUUUUUUAUGCUGGUUUUGCUAUUGAGUGACUGUGGUUACACUAUGGUCCUGUAUCAAUCCACAGAUGACUGGCUAAAGAUGUUUUACUUUAAAAGGAGAAAGCCAAAGUAUAUUUUUUAGUAUUUUGUGCACCAUGUUGUUUUCUGUAAAAGUAGACUACUUGACAUACAUUGAGUUGUCACUGUCAAACUAGAGGAUUCGACUGAUGGUAGAACCGUCCUCAUUCUUGUCAGAGUGUCUGUUUAUGUAAGCCAUUGUUCAGGUACUGUAUAUGUGGACUAUUGCCAUUUACACUCCUUGUUUUUACUAUGUGCUAGUAAAGCCAUAUUUUAAGUGUACAGAUUGGAGCUAUGUUACUCUUCGGGUUUUUACGCCUUUGUGCCACAUGGCCACAUUUUUAUGGAGUGGUCAGUUAUGUAUUUUUUAAAUAAACUUUUGAUUAUUGUUCACAUGUUUUA